AGUAGAGCAACUCGCGAGGAUGCAGGUAAAGCGAUCCGACAUUUGGAUUAUGUUAAGGCCAAAAGUUUACGUUUAGUUGUUCAGUAGAAAUUAAUCAUACACUUCUAAUUUUCACUACUAGAAGCUCAGCUUACCAGCAAGCUCAGCUACGGGAGUGAUUAUUGCACAAAAAAACAACGAUACUGCAAAGAUGAUAGACGAAGAAGCACGCUAGUGCUGUCCUAAAAUUAUUUGUUGUUAGCCAAUAAUCUCACCCUCCUCACUCCAGUGUGUGCGUUUAUGAUUAGCUUAUCUAACUGCGAGGUAAGUGAAGUUAAAUGGCAGACAAUCUAAACCAGUCACCAUUAUUACGAUAAAUAGUGUGAGCUACUAGGCUUCUACUCCUUCCUCUAAGUACGCUCACGAGGUGUCAAGGUGAAGGGAUAAUUGCUGCAAGUGACUCUGUGUGCGACAGGCUACAUGGGGUAAACGUGGUGUCCUUCCUCGAGGACGACCGGUUCCAAGACCUCGCAGGCACAAAAGCCUGGAAGGUUGAACAAGAUAAGAAGGCACAGCAAGCAAAGAAUAAGGAGGCUGAAAUGGCGGAACAAGAUAAAGUCCUUGCUGGAGGUGGGGCGCGUUAUUUUGCUCCUGGUGCGGGUGCUGGAAGUCGGUCAAAUAGUGCUGGUGCCAAUAAUAUUAAGGCCGAAGAUGAUCUUCAAUAUAGUAGUAGAGUCGUAAGAAAACGCAAAGGUACUAGUGAUGGAGGCGAUGCGACGACUUCUAAGAGCACAAUCACAGUACAGCAUCCUUCGUCAACAUCCAGUGACACUCAGGACAUAAGCACGGCUGAGGCACAACAGGAGCUGAAAACAACAACAACUCCUUCACCCCAAAUGGUGGCACAGCGACAGUUGUUUGCGCCACGCUUGCCUGCAAAUCGACAGUUGUUUGCGCCUCCGCAGCGCCGGCGGCUGCAGGCGACGCGCACAGUGACGGCGAAUGGCAGACGAUAUGCGGUUGUGAAUAAUCGCGUUGGCCCAGCAGCUCCAGGGACGUCGAGGUACGCUACUAGCAUGUCUGGCUUAUCCAACAGUGGCUUUGUGAUUAAGGCUACCGCUCAAGCAUCCUUUGCGCCACCCUUGGCCCUUUUUCUACUUGAAAAGCUGGCCAAGAAGGAUGCAGUGAGGGAUGCUAACGGGGUAGCUCUAAUGUGAGGCCAAAUUUUGGGGGAUCGUCUAGCAGUCACUACAUCUACCAAAGCCCGGCUGGUGUGCACCCUUUCCAACACAGAGCACCUGAGGCGAUUGCACAACAGAGUAGAAACGGUCCGUCGGCCGCCGUCGUUGAGCAAAUUCUUAGGGGAC